GUGAGCGCGGCGGCGGCGCCGCCGAGGGCCCGUCCUGGGCAGGGCAGGUGCCGGGCAGGCAGCGGGCUUGCGGAGGUGCCGUGCUUGUGCCGCCUUGCCAGAGGAGCAGAGCAGCGUGGAAACGGCUCGGGGUGUUGGGGUCGAAGCUGUCGUUUCUGCAGGCAAGCUGACCGAAAGUGAAACCCUCCUUUGUAGGCUGAUAUUUGAUAUGACAGUUUUGAAUGAAACCUGCAAAAGUGGUUGAGAAAAGCAGGGGCAAAAGAGAGUUCAAGGAGGCUAAAGUGAGAAUCCUGGCACUCAGAAGUGUAGACCUCCUAAUUUCUGAACCAAGGAAUUCCUGCAUGGUUCCAUAUCAGAAAAAGUACUAUGGAACCUCUGCAGCCCUGUAGGUUUGGAAGGCUUAAAUCCAAGUUUGGAAAGGCUUUUUCCGUUCCAGAUGAUUUGCUGGCUUAAGCGCUUAAUUAGGAUGGCUUUUGAACAAGUUGGAUUAAACAUGGAAUCAGUGCUUUGGUCAAGCAAGCCUUAUGGUUCAUCUCGAAGUAUUGUAAGAAAAAUUGGUACUAACCUCUCUCUUAUACAGUGUCCAAGAGUUCAGUUUCAGCUUACUUCUCAUGCCACAGAAGGAAACCAUCCUAAUCAACUUAGAGAAGAUGCAGUGGCGUCCUUUGCAGACGUGGGAUGGGUUGCUCAAGAAGAAGGUGAAAUCUCUACAAGGCUCAGGUCAGAAGUUUGGUCAAAAACAGCCCAGCCUCUUUCAGGUGAACUACAUCAUUCUGGAAAGUCCCCAUGCAGACAGAUAUCCUUACAAAACCCAUUGGAAGAAGAAUCGGUGUCCAGGAGCACAGUGUCCACAAAUGAGGAAGCUCUGCAGAAGAUCAGUGCUCUAGAAAAUGAACUAGCCACUUUAAGAGCACAAAUAGCCAAAAUUGUAAUCUUGCAAGAACAACAGCACCUGACAGCAGUUGGGUCAAGUCCAGCUGCUUCAGCUGCUAUCCCUGUUGCACCUCCACCACCGCCACCUCCUCCUCCACCACCACUCCCUCCCCCAGGUCUACAACAGAGUAUGUCUGCAAUUGAACUCAUUAAAGAAAGGAAAACCAAAAAAAUGAACUCUGGACAGAAUCUGACAGAAAAUGGGCCAAAGAAGUCUGAAAUACCAAACAUGCUAGAAAUCCUCAAAGACAUGAACAGCGUGAAACUACGCUCAGUGAAAAGAUCAUCAGAAGGUACAAAAUCUAAAGUGGCUGACCCUACAGAUCCUGCAGCAUUAAUAGCAGAAGCGCUCAGAAAGAAAUUUGCGUAUCGAUACCGAAAUGAUAGCCAAAGUGAAACAGAAAAAGUUAUUCCAAAGACUGAAACAAAGACAAAGACUGAGGUAGUGCUGUUUGGACCGCACAUGCUGAAGUCUACAGGAAAAAUGAAGACUUUAAUUGAAAAAUCCUAAUGUAUUAAGAUCACUACGUGCAAGACUUCAGCUGUUUUGUCUGAAAUAUUUUAUGUUGCAAAUAGCACUAGUACAGAGUGGUCUCUUAUAACACAGGAAAAACUUAAUGUGAAAUGUAGAAUUAAGGCACUAAACAUGUUUGUAUGUGAUUUAUCAAGGGGAAUAAAUUUGACCAUUAUACUCAGGUAUUAAUUUUGUAUUAAAACCUGGCUUUCUACUAAGACUUACAUGGUGGUUUUAGUUUAUUAACACUAAGUUAUAUAUACAACAUUCUUUGUGCAUAACUGACCACCUUAAAAAUUGUGUACAUGUUAAUAAUGAUAGUGAUAGACCCUUAAGAUAAUAACAGUCAUUUGAGCUCUAACUAUAACUUGCACUACAAUGUUUAGUUUGAUACUGA